CUCCGACCUACCGGGCACCAGUCGGUAGUCACGAAGUAGACAAUAAAGGCACGACGGUGGCCUAUAAUCAAUAACAAUCACUAUUUUUUUACUCAUCAAAUAUUUUUCUUUUCCAUUCUCGUGUUUUUUUACCCCGCAAAAAAAAAAUUUCCUCUCUACCCCCUUAAAAAUCAAAAAAAAUUUCGCAGACCGUCGUUCUUUCUUUGUCGUGCGCGUGCCUCUCACUCUCUGUUCUCUCUUUAUUUUUCUUCCCCGUUAACACCUCGUGAUUCUAGCCAUUCACUCUCACUGUUCUCCAGCUCUUCCUCAAUUGGUGACAAAAUACUUCGGACGUUAUCUUUCAUAGCACAUCUCGAGUGCUAAAAUUAGUUCUAUUUUUUUUGCUCUCUAUUAAAAAAAAAGAAGAAGAAGAAGAGGAUCAAAAAAAGAUCCAUGUGAUUAUAAAACCAGGAAUUUAAGAGGGAGGAACAGAUGAAAGCGAAAUAGGUGUUAAAGGGAAAAUAGAAGAAUCCAAAAAAAGCAGAGGAUACAUUUCUACAAGUGUUGUGUUGUGGAUAUUAGUGUUUAAUUAUCCGUGGGAAGGGUUUCCGGAUCUCAGCAGGAAACGUUAGUUGCAUUAUAAUAUUAAACAUAGGCCUCGUGUGAAGGCUUUAACUCAAACAUGGCCCUCGUAAUGCACUACGUGGACCGGUUUCACGAGAUUCUGGAUAAAAAUGCAGAUUCAAGGACAGCUGGUUGGUUUCUGAUGAGUUCUCCCUUCCCAACAUUGGCUAUUUGUCUCUCCUACAUAUACACAGUUAAAGUUCUAGGACCAAAACUAAUGGAAAACAGGAAGCCCUUUCAACUUCAAAAUGUCCUAAUAUUUUAUAAUUUAUUUCAAGUCAUAUUCUCAGCGUGGCUUUUUUAUGAGAUAGGAAUGUCCGGAUGGCUGAACGGGGAGUAUUCUCUAAGGUGUCAGCCAGUAGACUACAGCGACCGACCCCAAGUACUAAGGAUGGUUCACGCUUGCUGGUGGUAUUAUUUCUCUAAAUUUACUGAAUUUAUGGACACGAUAUUCUUCGUUUUGAGAAAGAAGAACAGUCAUGUGUCCACACUUCAUGUUAUUCAUCACGGAUGUAUGCCAAUGUCAGUGUGGUUUGGCGUUAAAUUUACUCCAGGCGGUCAUUCAACUUUCUUCGGCCUUUUGAACACGUUCGUUCAUAUCAUCAUGUACUCGUACUACCUUCUAGCCGCAUUGGGUCCCAGAGUACAACCCUAUCUUUGGUGGAAGAAAUAUCUAACCGCUCUCCAAAUGUUGCAAUUUGUAUUCAUCAUGAUGCAUGCCUUCCAACUUCUCUUCAUCGACUGCAAUUAUCCAAAAGCAUUCGUUUGGUGGAUUGGACUACACGCAGUCAUGUUCUUCUUCCUCUUUAACGAAUUCUACCAACAGAGCUACGCCCAAAAGAGAAGUCUCAGGGCAGCUAAACUUUUAGCAUCAAAAUUAUCAUCAUCAUCAUCAACAACAACAACACCAACAACAACAGUCACAAGCAAUGGAAUUUCAAAUGGUAAAAUUCCAAAUGGCACAAGCGAAAAUGGAGUCAAAAGAAAAGAGGCUGCCGACUAUUAUGUUAAGGGUGAAACAAUAGCAGCGACUGAAUUAAGUCUACGAAAACCCUACGCUUCAAUUGAAUGAUCUCGUCACAUUAUUAGGUGACUGGAAAAUAUUUCCGCGUCCGAGUUACGGCCGAGAAACAUUUUUAUCAUUAAUAUCCUCGCCCAUUUUUAUUCAUCAGCUCAUAUGGACCUGACUCCUCGCUUUUUUUUCCAAACGUGCCAUUGGAUCUUCCACAGGAUAAAUAUAAACAAUAUCCAAGAAAAAGGAAACUUGGAAGAAGUUAAUUGGAACUUUAAAUUGACAAUACUGAACAAUUGUCAUUUAUCAACAUCAUUUCAUAAAAAAAAUAGAAUCAUUGUGUUCCAUUUUGGGGUGAACCCAUUUCUCGGCUGUGAAGAAUUGAAAACAAAAAAAUCUCAAACAAAACCUAGAAAAUUGACUUAUACUAUUUAUAUAUUAUAAUCGAAGGUGCAAGAAACAAAAAAAAAACCGUCCUUUUCUUCGAUGUUUUUUUUCUAGAUGACUCCUUUUAAUUUCCUGUAAAUUUCUUUUUUCUUUACUUCUGAGAGUUAUCUGACUAGCGGCUCAAGGUGGCACGUUCACCAUCAACUCUUGUACAUAAAAAAUUUACGAACGCAGACGCAAUUUAAAAAGCCGAAGAUCGCUUAUUUCAAUGCAGUCGAAAUCAAGAUUUAGACGAGAGAAAAAAUAUCGAAAUUUAAUAUAGAAAAAAAAUGGGGAAUUCAACGUUUUUUUAUCUCCUUUAAUUCCUCAAUUUCUCUAUUAUUUCGAAUCAUUUCCCUCGUCUUGUUUUUUAGGAUAGACUUUUUUCUGUACAUAGAUAGGUUAAUUUUAUACUAUUGUAAUGCGAAUAAGUGCCUCCUAUUGGAAAUUAAUUUUAUUGCAAGGAAAAAAAGAAGAAAAUUCUCUAUUCUCUGUAGACUAACUUUUGGCAUAGAAUUUUCAACUUGUAUUUAAGAUCAAUUUAUGUGAAGGAAAUUUUAGAAUCAUUUUUUUCUAGUUCUCAUUUGGGAAACCAAACCACACAUUCAUUUUGUAUUUUCAAUGACCAAAUAGGCAUGAAGUGUACACACACACACAAAAAAAUGAUCUUUAACCCCACGUUACAAUAUUUAACAUUCUAAUUAUUUAUUUUAAUCGCUUAUAAUAUAAUCUUGUAAGGUUACAACAAAUUAUUUUAAAUCUAAGUUUUUCCAAAAAACAAUUUUCGAAGGACUAUGAUACUUAAAAAUAACAUCAAAUAAAGUUCACAACCUUUAUGAUCGACAAUUGAAAAAGACAAUAUUAUUUUUCAAAAUUUUUUUAUCCAUACGAAUUUUUUCUUUUUUAAAUUAUUAAUUAAGAAAUUAUAUAAAAAAAAAAUUGAAUACGAAAAUAUUUUCUUCUAAACUGUGAUUAUAAAUGUGAACUUGACAAAGUUUAAAAUUUUGCUUUCUUGAAAAUUAUUUCGAAAAAAAAUACGAAACGUAAAUUUUGUAAAGACAAAUAAUCAAUAUUUAGAUAUUUAAAGGUAAAGAAUGUAAAAUAGUCACACAUUGAAAUUUCACCAUAAAUGGAGAUAUUAAUAAUUUUUUAUUUACUCUAUUUAAUAAUUGUAGAAAAAAUCCUAUUUUCAUAAGAAAUUGUUCAAUGGGGUAGAAAAUAAUAUUGUAAAAAAUAGAAAACUGAAAAUUUAUCAACAGACAAACUUUUGAUGUAAAAUAUUUUGUUGCAAGUAAUUUUUUUUUUUAGAAGAAAAACAAAUGAAUUAAUUUAUAAGGUCAAUGUAGAUUCCAAUAUUACGGACAAGUGAAAUUAAUUUACAAAGAUGGGUAAUUUUAUAAAAUUUGUGUCUUUGUACUCUCGAAUAGUUUUUUUUUUAAUCCAAUGUACUUAAGGAAAUAAUACAUUAUUUAUAUAUAAAUCAAUUUUGUGGGGAAUUUCUCUAUAGUUGGUUCAUUCUUUUGGACUUUAAAUGCAUUUAAAAUAAAUAUUGAGUUUCAAAUGAAGAAAUUUUUAAAAAUAUUAAACUAUUUAUUUUUUUUUAUGUUUGUCACAACUUAAAAAGGGCUCAUUCUUUUAAAAAAAUAUAUUUAUAAAAUAAAUAUUGUAUCAUAUAAAAUAAUUUGCAUCAAACUUAUUGUAAGUCUGAAGUUUUUAUUAGAAAUUUUAUCAACAACUGUUAGCAAACUUACAUAAGUUUGAUACAAAAAUUUAUUCAUAAAAAAUUACUAGGAAGCCUAAGUUGAUUUUUGUUAUUAAAAAAAUGUUCAAUCAUUGCUAUAAUUAAAAUGCACAUUUUUACAAAUGUAUUUAAAUUAAACUCUCUGCAGAUGUUUUUGAGAAAAAAUCAAACGAAAAAGUAGCAUUCGAGUGAUAAUUUAUAGCAGAAGUCUAAAUACCUGAUAAAACAAAUAAACAUGUAUAACAAAUUUUAUAAAUAACAAAAUAGUGUUCCUGUCUUCAGAAUAAUAAAUGUCAUUCCAAUAGUACAAGAAACAAAAAGAGCAAAGAAUGAUACCGAAUAAUUUAUUAUUAUAAAUAUCAAUGUGUUCUAUAUUAUGUAAAAUUGUAAAGUCAAUGUAACAUUUAUAAUGUUUUUAUAGAAGACAAAAAGUAUAUACUAUUAAAAAGCGUGUGAUGUAUAAUAUAAUAGAAAAAACACGAAUUCAAUCAGAAAAUAAAUCAGACAAUAUUCAUGUUGUGUAGAAAUAAUUUACAAUUAGAAUAAUUAGUUUUAUUAAUUUUAAACUGGCAACGAAAUAAAGAGAAAGAGGGAGUAUAUUUGCAGUGGGCUUCCUAGAAUUCAAAGAGAAAUAUUGUUUAUUUGCAUAAACUGCGAUUUUAAUAAAAGGAAAAAAAACAAUAAACAAACAAAUGUCUCAACACGACUUUUUGGAAAAUAAAUAGAAUAAUAUUGCAUUUAGAAA